AUGUUACAGGUUCAUCUCCUGCGGACUGCUGGGGAGGAAGUCACCAUCACUGUUCGGUACCUCAGGGAAGUUCCAUCAUUUUUAAAGCUACCAUUGGGCUCUCCUGUACCAUCCGCUGGUCAAAGUAGCAGAGUCUCUUCACCACUAUUUGACAGUGGUUUACAUUUAAAUGGGAAUUCUAGCAACACAGCUCCAUCCUCGCCCUCCAAACCCUCGGCUAAUGAACCAAAGUACGAGAAGCGCUGGCUGGAUGCAGUGUCCCUACCCUUGUUGAUGGCCCGAGUCUCCAGAUACAAAGCCGUAACGGCUAAAUUAAGGUCGAACAGCUUUGAAGUCUGUGCCUUAGAUGGAACGAGCACCAAUAUUCUACAAUUUUGCACUGCAGCAGAAAGCACUGACUGGCUUCAAGCAAUAUCAACCAAUAUCAGUGAUUUGACACUGGAGAAU